AUGUUUGUCUGUUUCAGGAGGCGUUCAGUGACUCACGCUCAGCUGAUGCACGAUAAGGGCCGGACGCUGCAGGACUUCAAGAGGCGCAUGUGGCUGCAGGAGCUGCUGCAAGAUGUUCACACGGCCGAGAUCCGGGACGUCCCGCAGCCCAGAGGAGGCAUGGCCAGCAGCGGAGGGGGCGGCGGCCUCACGGUUGCCAUGCCGAUGGGAGUGGGUGUGUCCAUAGGGACGGGAACCGCCCACCCCAAACCCGCCGGAGGCACCAAGAACCUGCCGAUCAGCUUCCGUCUGGAGGACGAGGAGGGAACCAACCUCCCGCAGGAAACCAACAAGUCCCAGACGUACAAGGAGAGCACGCUGAAGGCCAUCGGCAAGAGGAAGAAGAAAGGCCGCGCGGGGAAGAGGAGGGAGGGGGAGAAGAGGAAGAGGAGGGCUCGAUCGCUGCAGGAGUUCACCAGCGCUUUCCACCUGGAGCAGCACUAAAACACUGUCAGUCUUUGACAACGAUCCGUGAGGACAUUUGAAAUGGACACCUAAAUGUUCAUCUAAAAGAGAGAGGAAAAUAUUUAUUGUCUGUAAAUAUUCUCAGUGCGCCCGAACAAUGACAAAGACAACUAACGAUACUGCU